GUCCGUGGACCUUGUCCUGGUCUGAAUACGCUGGCAAAUCACGGAUUCAUCAACCGAAGUGGCCGGAAGUUGACCCUGCCAGAGGUGCUCGAAGGCAGCUUGGCUGGCCUGAGUAUCGGCCCAGACUUCACGCUCGCCAUCUUCGCCGCUGGUCUUCUGGCGUCACCAAAUCCGGUCGGAGGCACCUUCGAUCUGGACGAUCUCGCACUCCACAACUUCCCCAUUGAACACGAUGUCUCCCUGUCCCGCCAGGACGCCGGUCUGGGCAACCAACGGGUGUUCAACAGCGGCGUGUUCGAGGAGUUUAUCUCCUCGUUCGGCGACGCAAAGUACACCAACAUCCAAUCCGCCGCAAAGGCCAAGAUCAAGCGCUUCAACACCCAAAAGGCCAACAACCCGGACCUCAUCUACGGCAUUCGCGAGUUCAUCCUUUCCUACGGCGAGACGGGACUGUACCUGCAGACGAUGGGCAACGACACCAUCUCCGGCGUCACCAACAUCGACUACAUCCGCAGCUUGUUUGAGCGCGAGCAGCUGCCGUAUGAUCUCGGCUGGAGGCCCAACCCGCAGCCCGUCACGCUGUUCAGCCUCGGUGCUAUGAUCUUGCCUUUGGCUGCUUCUAGUGGAGAGGCUGUGCCGGAGGGUCUCACGCUCGCUGCAGACAGCUACAAGGACCUCUUUGGGCCCCUUGCAACGGUGGAAAAUGUGCUGGGAGGCGGGGCUAAGAAGCCGCAAGGGGCGCGCUUCUCAUGA